AUGGACUUUUUGGAGGAACUUCCAGAGCAAAUAUUUCGAGACAUCUUGGUAAGAGUGCCAUACAAAUCUCAUUUAAAUAUUAAGGAGCUGUUAAAUCCUGCCAAAGAAAUGAUGGAAUGUUUAGAUUUUUAUAGGGAUAGAAUUAAGCUUGGGCUGGCUAAGAAAUAUAUAUGCUUGCUCCAGCGUGUUGGGAUAUCUAUAUACGACCCUGUUGAACAAUCAUGUCAAUUGCUCCCUCAAAUUCCCAGUGGAUUUGAAAUCUUGGGUUUUUCCCAGAUUAUGUGUGUAAAUCAUAAGCUUGUUUUGCUGGGCUUGAAACAUUAUGACACUUUUACUACUAAGAUUCUGAUAUUUGAUUUCGUAUCGAAUACAUGGAAGCAGGGUUCUGAUAUUCACAUAGCAAGAUCCAUGUUUGCAUAUCGUACCUCACCUGAAGGAUCAAUUUACAUUGCAGGGGGACUUGAGAAACAUGUUCCCUCUCGUGAACUCCGUGAAGCAACAGUUUAUAAUGUUGACGAAGACAAGUGGGAGCUUCUUCCUGACUCGCACCAAAAAAUGGGCAUUUGUAAUGGUGUUUUCAUUGAAGGGAUGCUGUAUGUGAUUAGUAUAAUGGGUAAUAGAAUUCAAAGAUUUGAUCCCAACACACGAGAAUGGACAGAAAUGGUAAAUAUACGUUUUCAUAAUUCCUGGUACGACGAUGUUCCGUAUGCGUUUGGACGAUUAUUUGCGUUUGGACGAGUAAGUGCAUGUAGAAGAAAUGGAAUAGAGCAAUAUGAUUGGGAAAAAAAUGUAUUCAGAGAAUUUCAACCUCUCCCUCAACACUUUAUCCAUGUUCGUGCCACAGUGUGGUGUGAUCGAAUUUUCUUGUGCGGAUAUAAUGAUAUUCGUCGGCGACCCGAAUUUUAUAUGUAUAACCCUGAAGCACCUCUCUCUGAGAGGUUAAUUCCUCUUGACGAAUCGAACUUUUCUACGGAAAUAGAAAUGCCUGUCAGAUUGAUUUCUCUCGACGAACCGAACAAAUCUAUGGAAAUGCGUGUUGUAUCUAUUGCUACGAUAGAAAUUUAA